AUGGCAACCUCCGUGCAGCGGCAGGUGGCCAACGCGCAAGUCCCGACCUCCAAGUACGUUGAAUGCAUCAAAAAACACAUGGGUGACACUACUUUCAGCCAAUUCUUCGUGCCGUCGAAGCUCGUUUCGAGGCCGUCUCACGUGACUCCCGACAGCGUGGUGAAGAUUUCACCGAUCUUGGAUUCGUUUGUCCAGGCAGGCCUCGACAACAUGACCAUGUUGCCCAAGCGAUUGGAGGAGGCCUUGGAGCAGGUGGUCAAAACAGAUGACCACCCGAAGGACAUGAGCAGGACGACGUUCAUUGGCCAUCUCGUGACACAUUUCCAAAACAUCAUGAAGUUCAUACGGACUCUGAAGUACGAAGAUACGACUGCCAACAUGGUCAGGAAGUGCAGGAAAACAGGCGGUUUUCGCAGGCAGCUCAGCGGCGCUGAUAGUAUUGUCAUCCAGAACAUCCUUCGGAAUAUCAAGGUCAGCCAGGCCGACCACAUGGGCUUCGCGAGUGGCAGCGAGCCCGCGACGUCACCGCCGCCGCAGCUUUCGCCUGUCAGGAAGCCCACCCGUCCGCGGGCCCCACGUUCUCCUCAGCAGGAGUCUCCUGCGCUGCCAUCGCCGAGCAAGUCGCUCAUCGGCGAAAACUUCUUCGCGAAGACCUCGGUGUGCAAGGGCGAGCGCAGGGGGUUCAGCCUGUCCCUCAUGCAGAGCUCUGAUGAGGAGGACGCCGCUGGCGGAGAGACGGAAGCUCCGCCCCGCGGAUCCCCGCCACCUCAGUCGACAACCCCUGAGCCCGACGCCUUGCAGGACGGCAAGGCUGGACCUGUCAACUUCGAGAGUCCUGAGGCCCCUCACGCCGAGGAGCCUGAUGCUGCCACGCCUGCCGAUGAGGAUUACGACGAGAACGGCGUGCUCAGGAUUCACGCAGUGCUCAUGCCGAACGCCGAGAGGAGGAAAUCUUGUGUCCUGGGGCCUCGAGCGAGGAAGAACAUGAAGCGCAGGCCAGCUGCAGCGACGCAGGGCCAGGGGAACCUCCAGACGCCCGAGAAGCCCAAGGGCCCACCUGGUGGCAACAGGAGGCGCGCCGCGGCUGCGGCCCCGUCGAAGACCCCGAAGAUCGACCCGAAGACCCCGAAGAUCGACCCGAAGAAGACCCCGAAGAUCGACCCGAAGACCCCGAAGAUCGACAAGGCUGCCGCUGAUACGCUCAACGUGCCCUUGGAGAAAGCUGCCCUCAGUGGGCCGACCGCGGAGGAGAAACCGAGGUACGAGCUCUGCGCGUUCUUUACGCAGGACGGCCGCAAGAAGCGCGUGCACGUCUGGUCUGCCAACGAGACGGCCUACGGGCCGAACCUCGGCGACCACAUGCGCCAGAUCGCACAGGAGAUUAACACCAACCACAUAUCCAAGAAACAGUGCUUGGCUAUGCGUGACAGGUUUGCUAUGUAG